AUGGACCCAAGCCAGCGCAAUUUAACUAAACGACUUGAUGGUACCCAUAUCAGCCCGGACCGCUAUCGGGAAACAGCUUCUGGCAUGGUCAAGUCUAUUCUCCCGGGGUACAUACAUGACAUAUACGAGGAACAUAUUGCGAGGGCCGCAUCCAAGGGCCUGGAGGCAGCGAUGGAGCUUCGGCGACUUCGGGGCCUCUCCCCAGCAACAGCGCGGCAGUUAUUUACAUCAACGGUGGCGCCGGUUGUAGACUACGCCUCCAAUGUCCGGAUGCACGCGUGUAGGGACAAGGCCAUGGGGCCGAUCAAUCGAGUCCAAAGAGUUGGAGCACAAGCCAUUGUGGGGACGUUCCUCACGGUCGCGACCAGUGUAGCGGAGGCAGAGGCCCACAUUGCCACCGCACGACACCGAUUCUGGAGACGGGCCGUGAAGAUGUGGACGGAUAUGCAUACGCUGCCUGAAACUAACCCUCUCCGCAGGGGUACAGACCGGAUCAGAAAGUUCAGACGAUACCAUCGCUCGCCACUGUACCACGUAGCGGACGCGCUUAAGCACGUCGACCUGGAGACACUGGAAACGAUCAACCCGUUCACGUUGGCCCCAUGGGAUGAACGCGUGCAGAUCAAUGUUGAUGGACCAGAUGAGCCUCAGACUGAAGCGGGCGGACUGAUGCAGAUCGCGGUCAGCAGCUCGGCACGGAACGAGCUGGUAGGAUUUGGAGUCGCAAUCGAGAAACAACCUCCUCGAAAUCGGAAAUUGAAGUUCAAAACCUUUUCCAUCACAUUGGGCGCGAGAGCAGAGCAAAACCCGUUCUCUGCGGAGCUGGCAGCCAUGGCACAUGUGUUGAAAAUAGUAGUGGGAAUCAAAGACUACAAGAUUACGUUGCUCACAAGCAACAAGGCGGCGGCGCUCACGCUAAGGAACCCUCGACGACAGUCUGGCCAGGAGUUUGUUUGCCAGAUGUACAAACUCAUGAGCAGGAUGCGGAGGAAUGGAAACAGCAUCAAAUUCCACUGGAUCCCUACUACCGAAGACAACAAGCUGUUAGGUCUGGCUAAAGAACAGGCCAGAACUGCAACACAAGAAGAUGCUCUCCCACAAGAACGCGUUCCGAGGAUGAAGUCGACAACAUUGAAUAUCGCACGGUCCCAAGCAGUCCCCAGCAAUGAGCUGCCAGAGAACAUAGGAAGACACGCAAAACGAGUAGAUGCCGCACUGCCAGGCAAACACACCCGGCAGUUAUAUGACCGCCUGACGUGGAAAGAAGCGACCGUACUGGCCCAACUCCGAACCAGCAUGGCUAGACUUAAUGGAUAUCUCAAUCACAUUAAUGUAGCAGAGACGGAUGAAUGCGAUUGCGGACAAGCAAGAGAGACCGUGGAGCACUUCCUCUUCCGAUGUCGGAAGUGGACGGCGCACCGGACGGAAAUGUUACAAUGCACCCAGACUUACCGAGGAAACAUAUCCUUCUUCCUGGGAGGAAACAGCCUUCUGAUGAUCAGAAGUGGACGCCAAACCUAG